CCCAUUCUUGGGGACUUACAAAUCUUGAUUGUCUGAAAACCCUUUCUGAUCUUCUUUUAUUAUGAUUUUAUCACUUUGUCUGAUAUUAAUCUUGAUUGUCUAUAAUUCUUACAUAUUGUGUGGUGUGCUUCAACUGUGCUGCAGCUGGCUCCUUUUAUCCAUAGAAACCUUGUACAAGUUACCUGUCUGUACAUUAGUGUGAAAAUAUGCCUAGUACUUCACCCAUCGCUGAUCCCCUCAACGACAUCGAGAGCCCCGAAUUCUUGAGCCCAUUCGAUGAUUCUUGGCCGCUCUAUCAAGAAAUACUGAGACAAACUUGGGCCCCAGCUGAUCGUGAUGAGACCGUUAACACGGAGAUUCACAGUAAUCGAAUGGAUCAUGAGGCCGCCACCAUGAUCAUGAAUUCAGCAGAUGUAGUUGAUCAUGUUGAUGAGCAACAGCCUAUAUUGGACAAAGGGUUGGAAUUGAUGAAGAUUAGAUGCAACCCUAAGAACUCGAAAACAAGGAGAUCAAGAAGCUGCAAAUUAAUUAGAAAUAACAACGAGAGGAGUACUACUGCAGGCAUGGAACAAAGUGCAGAAGAAGGGCCAUCCGACGUGGUCGCCAAGAAGCUGGACCAUAAUGCCAAGGAGAGGAUCCGAAGGAUGAAGCUCAAUGCAUCUUAUCUUGCUCUCCGUUCCUUGCUGCCCGAUUCAAGAAGAUCGAAGAAGAGAUGGAGUGCACCAGCCAUAGUUGAGAGAGUGGUGAAGUACAUCCCGGAGCUGGAAAACGAGGUGGAAGCACUGAGAUCCAAGAAGGACAACAUUGUGCAGCAAUCAUCAACUUCAAAGAAGAAGAUUGCAAGUGCAGAACACCAAAAUCUCACGGUUUGUGUGAACAAAAUUAAUCAAGAAGAAGCAGUUGUUCAAGUUUGCAUGGGUAGUCGAGAAGAUGAUGAAGAUGGAGAAGUAGUGGGAUUCACAAAUCUAUUGCAAGCGGUGGAAGAUGAUGAGGGCAUUUGCAAUAUCAAGAGUGCUUCCACAGUUGAUGUAUGUGAGAGCAGAAUCUGCUGCCAUUUACACAUCCAGGUAAACCAAAGUUCCUCUGAAGCUGAGGGCUACAUUGAGGAACUGAAGGACAAGAUCAUUUCUCGGCUCAUAUGAUCCUCUUAUCCACACAUCUACUUCGGGGUUCUUCAAAGUUUUCCUUUUUCUUUUUCUUUUAGUAAUUAGACGGGGUGAUAAAUUAAUAUAUUGUGUCCUGCAAGUGACAAAAUAUACAAAAAAGACUAGAUUAAUCCACAGGCGAGCUGCAAAGGAAGCUCCCACCCAAAAUUUUGAAAAGAUUUAAA